AUGUCGGCGGAAAGCCCCCGAGAGUGCGAGGAAAAACCCCUAGAGUGUGGGGAGAAACCCCAAGAGGGCAAGGAAAAACCCCAAGGCUGCACGGGUCCUGUAGAGCCGAAGGUCAAGGCCCCAGAGAAGACCUGUGACUACUACCGCGUGAGCAAGCACCUGCCGGUCAGGUUCAACAACCCCGGAUGGUUUCGGGGCUACAGGACCCGGGAGGCCGCCUCCGUGUACAGGACCAGUAACCAAGCUUAUGGGAGCAGAGCGCCCACCGUGCACGAGAUGCCGAAAGUAUUUUAUCCAUGUUCAAACAAGUUUUCCAAAAAGCUCGCCGCCUGUGGAAUGUUCCAGAACAAUACUUUGAACGUCUACAUGGAGAAGAGUGUGGUCACAGGUCCAGACAACUACAUCACAGCCUGUGACCGGCUCGACUUCCACCCCAGCUACAAUGUCAAUAGGCCAUCCAUCUGUGACUGA